AUGGAGACCUUGCGCGACACUGCAUUCGGCAAGCUGGUCCGCUUAGCCACUCGGACAAAAUUCAUGCAGUAUCCAGAAGAGAAAGAUUCUUCUGUUUGGACCGAAUACCUCAAGACGGAAACAAAGAAUGAGGCAGAAUCCUCGAUGACAGAGACCGAAUCCGGGAACAAUGAAGAUCUGGAGGCUUGCGGUAUCUAUACGGUCAUUUCUCAGGCCUCAUCUCGGCCCCGAAGGAUGUCUUCUGCUUCAACAAUUGGAAGUGAAAACCAGUCUAUUUUAAUUAGUUGGCGAGGGGCUGAUGAUCCGGAGAACCCGCAAAACUGGAGCACCAAAAAGAAAUACUUUGUCAGCAGCUUGAUUUGGUUUUUGACGUUCGCCAUCUACGUCGGCUCUGCAAUUUAUACACCAGGUAUCCCUGGCGUCGAAGAGCAAUUUGGAGUAAGCAGUGUCGCUGGCACUCUUGGACUAACACUAUUCGUCCUUGGUUAUGGGCUCGGACCAAUGGUCUGGUCACCAUUAUCCGAGAUCCCCAUGAUAGGCCGAAGUCCAACAUACGUCCUAACACUUUUUGUAUUCGUGUUCUUCAAUUUCGGCGUCGUCUACGCCAGAAACUUCGGCAUGCUUUUAGCAUUCCGAUUCUUAACAGGUUUCAUCGGUUCGCCAGCCCUAGCAACCGGCGGAGCAUCAAUGGGCGAUAUCUGGAGCCCCAAGGUCCGUGACUACAUGAUCGGAGUUUGGGGCAUGUUCGCGAUCUCAGCGCCGGUUCUAGGACCCAUGCUGGGAGGCUUUGCUUUCGCGGCUGAAGGUUGGACCUGGACCAUCUGGCAACUGAUAUGGGUAUCGGGCUUUGCAUUCGUUCUACUGUUCUUCGGACUGCCUGAGACAUUUGCGCCGAAUAUUCUUGCCAGGCGUGCGAGGCGGGUUCGUCGUAUUACUGGGAAUUCGCGAUACAUGUCGGAGUCGGAGAUCGAGAUGAAGGAGAUUAAACCGCUGGAUCUUCUUUUCGAAUCCCUUGUUCGCCCUUUCCAACUCUGUUUUCUUGAACCCAUUGUCUUCCUCCUGAACCUUUAUAUCGCCCUCAUUUACGGUAUCCUUUACAUCUGGUUCGAAGCCUUCCCAAUCGUCUUCUCCGAAAUCCACUCCUUCAACUCCGGCGAAAGCGGUCUAGCCUUCAUGGGUAUCCUAGUCUCAACAGUCUGCAUUACGAUUCCAGCGUACUUUUACUGGAAAUGGAAGUACCAAUCACGAUACUUCGAUGCUAAUGGCAACAUCGCACCAGAAUGGCAGAUGCCACCAGCCUGUGUAGGCGCAUUCGCACUGCCGAUUUCACUCUUCUGGUUCGGUUGGACGGGUAAUUUUGCUAGCGUGCAUUGGAUUGUGCCGAUUAUUGCUUCGAUGUUCUUUGCUGUUGGGGGUUGUUUGAUUUUCAAUGCCAUCUUUUGCUACCUUGCGCAUGCCUAUCCACGAUAUGCGGCGAGUGUACUUGCGGGUAAUGAUUUCUUGCGAUCUUCCUUUGGGGCUGGAUUUCCGCUUUUUGCGUCGGCUAUGUUUCAUAAUUUGGGAGUUGGAUGGGCUUGUACUUUGUUGGGAUGCCUGACUGUUGUCUUUGUGCCGUUCCCUUUCAUUUUGUUCUUCAUGGGGAAGAGGAUUCGGUUGGCGAGCAAGUAUGCUCGGCAUGAUAUUUGA